CUUUCAAUACUAUGCAAAUCAACGACGAAGUGUAAAAACGACUAUACCAUUGUUUUUUUAAUCAUAUUAUUAAUUUUAUUGAACUUAACACGACCUAAUCUAUUUAUUAGAUCAUACUAAUCGCAAUAGAGCGGCUACUGUAUUGUAACUAUGUUGUGAUUUUUAAUUGCUAUUGUUGUUCAAUGUUCAUACGGCGCAUAUUGUGUGUGUGUGUGUGUUGAUCUAAGAACCCAUCGAUUGUCGUUGACAUAAUCAAAUGAAGUAAAACAAAACUGUCAAAUCAAAAUUAAUAAAAUUCAUUAAUGUCGCUAUCCGUGUAAUCAUCGUUGUUGCAUUCGUAUCCGACAGCAUUCGUGUUCGUUAUCAAAAGGAAACCGAAAACGAAUUAGUCGCAGCGGCGUUCUGUUGCUAUUGCGAUGUCACUGUUAAGUGCACCCAACAAAUCGGAAGUCCCUGCCAAUGCAUUGGGCGGGGAAGAUGAAGUUUCCAUCUUGUCUGCGGCCACCAAAAACUUAUUCAAUCAGACUAGAGUCGAUACCGAUUACGACGAAGAAGACGACGAACUGACCUCAAGACCAACACCGUCCUGUAGCCCUCCGCCCAACGCCAUGUCUACCGUCAAACCGCGUGAUAGUGAUGACGACGACGACCCAAUGGCCACAUCUCCUCCGGCGAUGCAACAGAGUUCAGCCAUAAGCGCCGCAUCUUCGACGGGAACUGCACCUCAGAUCGCCUCCGACUUGGCGUCUAACGUAGGUGGCAGCGUCACGUCUUCUUAUCAGCUACCACAAUUUCCAAUCGAACGAAUCGAAAGCAAAAUGGCCGCAAUUAGCAAUAGUCUGGCCAAAGAGUUCGAUGAAAAAAGAGCCGCGACGGCGGCCGUCCACGGACAACAACCCACGGCACAACCGGCGACAUCUUCGAACGUGGAUGACAGUAAUUGUUGUCAACCGGUACACGCAGAUGGAUCAUCUUCGGAUUUACCGGAUUCGUCUGCCGCCCCGGAUUUUGGUGGACAAACGGGCCACUGGCUACAACACGGAGACGAUAGCCAAGGACAAUACGAUUUUGUGCCACACUUUCAGAGAGUCAGCAUUAGCGGAGAGCACAACAGCGGAGUACCUUUGGAGGAUUUACACUGGGCGUCGCAACAACUCAUGGAAGCGCUACACAUUCGGGAACGUUACAUGCGCGUGUCCCAUCAAUCGUUCCCUACUAUCACCUCGAAGUUUUUCCACAAGAAACGACAACAGGAAAAUGUAUCAGCAACACAAGACGCGUCGACCGAUGCGACCACCACGGGCAACUCGUCUUCGUCGCCUUCGGCAGACGGUACCGUCAAUUCGGUAAACGACGCCAAGUCUGGAGUCAGACAACAUCAGCCUUACCCAACUGCUCGGGUAAUCAAGCACGAAGAUCGCCAGUCGAUUGCUGCAGAAGCAACGGUCGUUGCUAAAACAGUUGAUCAGCAACGACGACGGUCUUCAACACACCGGAGACCGUCCUCGAAGUCCUCUUAUAAUCCGUGGGCCGACCGUCGGAGUUCAACCAUGGACGACGCGUUUACGGAUCAACUAUUGUUUGAUAUUGCGUCCGGUGAAUACGACCAUCCGGUACACCCACCGGCCAGCGUGGGCGACCCUUGGCAAUGUGAAUUCCCGCCGUCUCUGGGAUACACAAUACGUUCGCAAGACGGUGUGUUCCAAUUAUUCGAAGAUCCCAAUUCGGAAAAUCCCGUUCAGGGAUUUCCGUACCCGAACUUGGAGACGUUUUGUAAAGACAUGACACGGCUGUGCACUAUGAUUUCCGACGGACCUUUAAAAUCGUUUUGCUAUCGUCGACUAUCGUACUUGUCUUCGAAAUUCCAAUUGCACGUUCUGUUAAACGAGUUAAGAGAACUCGCUUCGCAAAAAGCUAUUCCACAUCGCGAUUUCUAUAACAUUAGAAAGGUCGACACUCAUAUACACGCUGCGUCGUGCAUGAAUCAAAAACAUUUGCUGCGUUUCAUUAAGAAAACACUAAAGAACCACGCCGAUGAAGUGGUAACAGCCGGAGGGAUGUCGCUUAGACAAGUUUUCGAAUCGAUGAAGUUGACUUCUUACGACCUGACGGUGGAUAUGUUGGAUGUACACGCGGACCGCAACACUUUCCACAGAUUCGACAAGUUCAACGCAAAGUACAACCCGAUUGGAGAAUCCCGUCUGAGAGAGGUGUUCUUGAAAACCGACAACCACACGGGCGGAAAGUAUUUUGCUCGUGUGAUCAACGAAGUGGCUGCCGAUUUGGAAGAGUCCAAGUAUCAGAAUGCCGAACUCCGUUUAUCGAUUUACGGCAAGAGUCGUGACGAAUGGGAUAAACUGGCACGAUGGGCGAUUUCCAAUCGGGUUUAUUCUGACAACAUUAGAUGGCUCGUUCAAAUUCCACGUUUGUUUGAUAUAUUCAAGUCAAACAGUAUACUCGACAAUUUUCAACAACUGUUGGACAACGUUUUUUUGCCAUUAUUCGAAGCCACCAAUGACCCACAGAGUCAUCCAGAUUUACACAGAUUUUUGCAACAUGUGGUCGGAUUCGACAGCGUGGACGACGAAUCCAAACCGGAAAAUCCGUUUGUCGAUCGAGACGUGCCGAAGCCGGCCCAAUGGAAGGACACUACCGACAACCCACCUUACGCCUACUACCAAUAUUACAUGUAUGCCAACAUGACCGUUUUGAAUCAUCUAAGAAUCAAACAAGGACUGAACACUUUCGUGCUGAGGCCUCAUUGCGGAGAGGCCGGCGCCGUUCAGCAUUUGGUGUGCGGUUUUAUGAUGGCCGAAAACAUAUCCCACGGAUUGCUGCUGAGGAAAGUGCCGGUGCUUCAGUAUUUGUACUAUGUCGCCCAGAUAGGCAUUGCCAUGUCUCCGUUGUCGAAUAACUCGCUGUUUUUGAACUACCAUCGGAACCCGUUGCCGGAGUAUUUGGCUCGAGGCCUGGUCAUCAGCCUGUCCACCGACGAUCCGUUGCAGUUUCAUUUCACCAAGGAACCCUUGAUGGAAGAAUACUCUAUAGCGGCGCAAGUUUGGAAAUUGUCGGCUUGCGACAUGAGCGAGUUGGCUAGGAAUUCGGUAUUGAUGUCGGGUUUCCCGCACAGAAUUAAACAAUACUGGUUGGGACCGAACUACACGAAAGAAGGAGUGGCCGGCAACGACAUAUCCAGAACCAACGUGCCCGACAUAAGAGUGGCUUAUCGAAACGAAACUCUGUUGGACGAAUUAGCCGUCAUAUUCGGCACGAAUACGACUGCCGGGAACAUUACGGUGGAAUCGACGUCCAACAACGUAGCUUCGGGAACAUCAAACUAACCGCGUUCGUCGUACUCGGCUAGACGGACACAAUUUAUUCCAAAUAUUUAACCUUACAAAUAACUACGUACCUAUAUAUAUUAUUUUUUUCGACUAUUAUUUACUCGUCUAGUGAUUAUUAUUAUUGUAUUCAUUUUUUUGACUAUUGUAACCGUUAUCGCGUUAGUUAUAAUAUUAUUAUUAUUAUUGUGUGCCAUUGGUGGCAACAAAAAAAAAAAAAACCAUAACAUAUUUUAUCGUACCUUGUAUUGAAACAUUUACCCUCUUUUUUUUUUAUUAUUAUUAUUAUU